GAAAAUCGCCAUGGCAGUGUGCACUAACUCGUCUGCGUACAAGUUUGGCGUCCUGUCGGAAGAGGAGCUACCCCAGCUUCGCCAGCGUAUCUUGGACUAUGCUGCUGGGUUGUCCUCUCAGCUGUUUGGCACGAUCUUGCUCACGGUUGAAGGACUCAACAUCCGGUUGAGUGGACCAACCGACGGUGUCUUGGCCAUGCAGUCGUUCUUGAGCGACCAACUGCAUGCGAACAUGACGCCCAUCGAGUUCAAAGAUUCGUUCACGAAAGAGCCAACUUUGCGCAAGUUCCUCGUGCGCAUCAAGAACGAAGUUAUUUCCAUGGGCUUCAACGAACCUGUGAACCCGGCCAAGCUUGGUCUGGCAGAACACAUUGCCCCGGAAGAGUUUAAAACGUGGAUGGACAUUGGCAAGGACAUGCUUAUCCUAGAUACGCGCAAUGACUACGAGGUACGCUUGGGCACGUUUGACAAUGCCGUGGAUCUGAACAUCAAAAGCUUCCGCGUGUUCCCGGACGAGGUCAAGGCGCAGAUGCAAGCGGUGCCCAAGGACAAACCCAUCGUGAUGUUCUGCACAGGCGGGGUUCGAUGCGAAAAAGCUGCGUAUGCGCUGAAACAUCAAGGAUACAACAAUGUGUUCCAACUUGAUGGCGGCAUUCUUCGGUACUUUGAAAAGUGUGGCGGCGCGCACUACCGCGGCGACUGCUACAUCUACGACGACCGAGUGGCCUUGACCCCAGAGCUGACCAAAGCCGAGCACAUCUCCAUGUGCUUUGUGUGUCGGAGUCCCCUUACGCAAGGCGAGCAGGCCUCUGCCGAGUACGUGGCCAAGGUGAGCUGCCCAUACUGCAUUGGCGGCAAGCGGUCCGAUUUUCGAUCCCAAGUUCAGUAACAAGGCAAUAUAAUCACGUGGUUUGAUUGGUCA